UGACAGUCGACGGCAAAAUCAAAACAAACUUCAUUAUUUUUGUGUGGUGUGCUGAAAAUUCGCACGAUUUUUCACGAAAGUUCAGUUUUUUCUCAAAAAAUAGUGUUUAUUUGAAGAAAAAAACUCCAUUCCAAUGGAAUCCACCAUGAAUUCCGAUUGCGGAUCGGAACGGAAGAGCGAGGAAGUGGUGGAAAAGGAAGAAUCGCCUACCAAAGACUCGGAAGCUGCCAAGAAGGAGUUGGACGAUUAUGUGGCGGAACUCAGCGGAAAAUACGAGCAGAAAUCUCAGCUGCGAUCGCAGAAUAUUACUCCGGAACGUCCACCGGAAUCGUUCUUCACCAAAUGUGAUUCAAGCUUGAAGAAAAAUACGGCGUUUGUGAAGAAGUUGAAGCAAUUUACUGCCUCGCAGUUGGAUGGUUUGCUGAAGGAUAUGGCCGGGUUGAAUUUGACAAAGUACAUUUCGGAAGUCAGUGCCGCGAUUGUGGAAGCCAAACUGAAGAUGAGUGAUGUGGUUCCGGCUCUGAUGUUAUGCAGCAAACUUCACCAGACCUAUGCGGAGUUCAGUCCGAGCUUUUUGGAGAACUGGCAGAAGAUUUUGCACGUCAAAGCUGGUGAGAAAAUUGGGAAUCCGAGCAAGAUGAGGGUGGACUUGAGAUUCUACGCUGAACUGAUCAGUGUUGGAAUCUUCAGUAAUAAGGUUGGAUUGCCUUUGCUGGGAGCAUGCUUAACAGCUUUGAUAUCCCAGGAUAAGGACGAGCAUAGUAAUUUGUCCAUAAUCCUAUCAUUCUGUCGACAUUGUGGCGAUGAGUAUGCUGGAUUAGUGCCCAAGAAGAUUAUGGAACUAGCCAAGCAAUUCGAAGUGGUUAUUCCUUCGUCAAAUCUACUCACCUCGGAUAAACAGCAAAAUCUACGGAACCUACUGAAAGACUACUAUCAGACAGUCUGUGAGCAUUUAACGAACGAGCACAAACAACUACAAUAUGCGGAGAAAUCUAGAAGAAGGAUGCUGGAAUCGAAAGGAGAGGUUCCAAACGAAAAGAAAGAGCAAAUCGAAGUGCUUCAGAACAGUUACGAAAAACUGUUAUCGUCUGCCCAAACCAUGGCCGAUCUAUUAAAUGAAACACUACCGGAACUUACCGUUGAAGCAGAAGCGUGUCCAUCGGAAGGAAACGUUAUUGAUAGCAUUGGAGAUGAGCAAUUUGCCAAUCUGGAUCCUUGGGGCGAUGAAGAUACUCGCAAUUUCUACGUCAAUCUGCCGGAUCUGCGACAGUUCCUGCCAAACUACUGCGGAAAGAAAGAGGAAAUUAUCCCGGAUGAACCUGCCAUGACGGAGGAAGUGCUCGAUAUGGAAGUUGAACAAGAGCAAGACACCGAGGAAGUGGGCGAUCCUCCCUCGGAGAUAUCCGAAACUGCGGAACCGGAAGAAGAACCCACGACAGCUCCCAGCACCCCACAUCACCAUGCUAACCGGGAACACUUCGAAGCAUUUAUUGCGAAUCUGCAAAAUUGUGUUAAUACCGAAUUGAUCGAUUCGGCCGCGAUCGAAUUCCUGCUAAACCUAAACACAAAAAAUAACCGGAAAAGACUUGUGAAAGUUCUUUUUGGAGUGCAGAGAACGCGGUUGGAUCUCCUCCCCAUGUACGCAAGAUUAGUUGCUAUCAUCAAUCUGGUUUCGGCGGAUGUGGCGAUAGAUCUGUGCCAGAUGUUGAAGGUGGACUUCAAAUAUCAGAUCAAGAAGAAGGAUCAAAUCAAUAUCGAGACCAAGAUCAAAGUGGUGCGGUACAUCGGAGAGCUCGUGAAGUUCGGACUGUAUAACAAAAUUGAAGCGCUGUUCUGUUUGAAGUGCCUGCUACACAAUUUCCAACAUCACCACAUUGAAAUGACGUGCGCUUUUUUGGAAGUUUGCGGAGUUUAUCUGUACAAUUCGAAAGACAGUCGGCUUCGAACCAAUGUAUAUCUCGAGCAAAUGAUGCGUCUCAAAACCAACACUACGAUGGACAGUCGACACGCCCAGCAGGUGGAAACAGCUUACUAUCUCGUCAAACAACCGGAGGGAAUGCGCAUCCAGCGCAAAGUUCGUCCACUUUUCCACACCUACAUCCGACAUCUGAUUUUUGAAGAGCUCAACAAGUCCAACGUAGACAAAAUGAUUAAACUGUUGCGUCGCUUGGACUGGGAAGAUCGUGACAUUCACGACUAUGCAGUCAAGUGUCUUUCGAAGGCUUACAGCAUUCGGUAUCACUUAAUACGAAGUUUGGCCGAUUUGGUAUCAGGAUUGAGCUCAUAUCAGGAAAAGGCCGUUGUAAAAGUGAUCGAUGCAGUAUUUGAAGAUAUCCGUGCGGGACUAGAAAUCCACGACACCAAACUCGCCCAGCGAAGGAUUGCAAUGGCUAAGUAUCUUGGCGAGCUGUAUAACUAUCGAUUGGUGGAAUCGAAAAAUGUUCUGAACACACUAUACUCGAUAAUAUCACUCGGGGUCAGUGCCAGCCACGAUACACCAUCGGAAGUGGAUCCUCCAGGAAGUUUAUUCAGGCUCAAGCUGGUUUGCGUUCUCCUGGAUACAUGUGGACAGUACUUUACCAGCGCGUCGAGCCGCAAGGGCUUGGACUACUUCCUGAUAUUCUUCCAAAAUUACUACUGGUUCAAAAAAUCCGAUCCUAUUUUUACCAGCGAGACGAACAAGGACCUCUUCCCUAUACUGGUUGAUCAUAUGUAUAAGGAAUGUUUUAAAAAUCUACGACCAAAACUAAAGCUAUUAACCAGCUACGAGGCAUCCAAGGAAGCAAUAGAGAAUAUAGCGAAGAAAGUCUAUCCCCAGUUGUUCAGCCCCCGUGACGAUGACGAACGCAGUCUCAAAACCAUCCAGGAGAACGAUACCGAUAAGGAUGACACCGUGACGGAAGAUUGCACAUCGGAAGCGUUUGGGGAUUCGGAAGACGACGAUGAAAAUCCUCGAAUUCAGAGAGGCGAGGACGAUGACGGCAUGGAUGACGACGUGGUUGACGAUGACGACGAGGGUGAUCUGAAUCAAGACCUCGAUCCACUGAUAAAGCCUGCGCCAGUUGAAAAAACGAUCGAGGAUUUGGAGUUCGAGAAAGAAUUCGAACGGAUGGCAACGGAUAGCUUCUUGGAGCGCUUGAAGGAACCGGUGAAACCCAAUGUCAAGGACAUUCCCGUUCCGAUUACAAUGCGAAGCAGCGGAGCAAAGAAAACAUAUGAGCAACUGCAGGAAAAUAAGGAAAAAACUGACACUGUUCCGUUCGUACUCAUGGUCAGAGGUAAGGGCAAGCAACAGCAGUACAAGUCAUUUGAAGCACCAUCGGACAGUCAGCUGGCAAUAUACGUCAAAGAUCAGGAGCAGAAGAUGAAGGAAGAAAACGAUAGUGUUAAACGACUAACGCUGAAUAUCACCGAACGACUGGAAGAGGAAGAUUACCAGGAGUCACUGCUCCAGAGUCAACGAUCGCCAGCAAGUACCAAAAUACGGAUACAAAAGCCUCCCAAAUUCAAGCAUCCCAAGGGUGUCCCAGAUGUUGAUGCAAUUUUUCAUUAAGCUAAGCUUACUACAUUGAAAUUGUUUAAUCUGGUGCAGUAAUAAACGGAGUGAAAACUUCAAA